AAAGCCGGCAGAUCGUCGUUCCGUUCCACCCGCACAAAACCUAACUCAAUCCUCCAAUCUCUCUCGGCAACUAGGGCAUUACGAUGGCCAGGACAAAGCAGGGCCUCCCAGUUUCCACGCAGGGUAUACGGCGGCGGAUGCUGGUCGCGUCUCUCCUCCCCCAAAGCCCUACGGCCGCCGCCGUCGACGACGUUGUCGCGAUCGAGCGUGAGGCCGUUGGGGAACCUGUGGCGAGGCGGGCGCGCAGUCGCCGCGCCCUACACCGCCUCCCGGAGGACAUCGUGGUGUGGGAGAUCCUCGUCCGCCUCCCUGCCAGGGACAUCCUCCGCUGCCGUGCGCUCUGCCGCUCCUGGAGCCGCCUCGCCUCCGCCCCCGAUUUCCUCCUCGCCCACCACCGGCGUCAGCCGUCGCUCCCCCUCGCCGUGCUCUACGGCGGCACGGCCAGUUCAAGUACAGAGGCUGGCCACCGAGUUUUGGGGCGAGGCGAUGGCUGCAUGCUGCACGCCUCCUGCGACGGCCUCCUCCUGCUAAGCAUGUCUAACGGCUGCUUCAGCAUCUGCAACCCAGCCACGCGUCAGUGCGCUUCACUCCCGGACCUCCCCACCCCAGGUUACAUCAAAAUUGCGGCACUGUACUUGCAUCGCAAGUCCCGCGAGUACCGUGUCCUUUACCGGAAAGCAGCUGUGUACUACAUCCUUACGGUGCCGGUGGGCUCGCCGAGCUGCAUCGUGGUUCCUUCGGAUAGCCCUGGCAUGAAGCUAUGUUAUUUGGCCCCACCCGUCGUGUUCCGCAAUCACCUUCACUGGGGACCUGAUUGGCCUCACUACGAUGUCGGCCUACUUGUUUUCGACACAGUGGUCGAGUCAUUUAGGUCCAUGCGCUGCCCGGCUGGUGCUACCGGCAGCUCCGCUCAUCUGCGUGACAUGGAAGGUUCGAUUGGCUUCAGUUGGUUAGACUAUUUGAGGUCAGUCGUCACAAUCUGGGUACUGGAGGACUACGAGAGGGAGGUCUGGGCAUUCAAGUACCAUGUUAAAUUCCCAUUCCCAGCGGAGAUCUUGUGUCGCAGUAGCAUUGCAUAUACAUGCCAUUGCGUUUUGUCCCAUGAGGGAGAUGUGCUGGUCUACAGUAUUUGUGACUGUCGGAUCUUCCACUGUGACGGCGACGGCAAGUUGCUAGAGGAAUUCCGGUGGGAAUACAACUCACAACGUUUGAAAAUUAUUGGACACAAGUUUAAAGAAAGCCUCGUCGAGCAUGAAUUGUUCUUGAGGCGAGGUGCCGCAUGCGUUGAACAACCAAGUUUGUUCAAAAGGCUCUAAAUUAAGGCGAUGCCUGACCAACACCUAUGUUCAUAAGGAGUACUUGGCUACAGCUCGGAGAUUGAUUUUUAGGCGAUGCUGGUGGACUAAUUUGAAGUGGUUGUGCCAUAGUCCUGUCCAAUCACAGCAUAGACACAUGUCUUGAUCUCAAUUAUGCUCAUUGAAUUCAUCUGCUUUUGGUUUAAUAUACUACUCGUGGUUA